UAAUAUCCUUUGUCCUCAAUAUCCAGUCUCGAAUCAAAUUAAUAACAAUGGCCGUCGCAGUUGGCUGUCAUUCGGUAGUAUACGCGGAUUAUGUGACAGUGAGAAACUUGUGGCGAGUGGCAAUCGCUGCAAAUCGGUCGGAGUGAUUGAUUCUCGAAUGAAAUCAACGUGACCAAAUUCGUUGUAAAGAAUGAUUUUCUAGUGGAUGGUUAAAUCACGGUGUCAACUAGUAACCACGGAUGACCAGCUGACAAUGUUUUGCCAUUAGCAUAAUUUAGUGCUUAGCGGGCGUUCGCGGUAAAUUCAGGAUGUUUAAAGCUGAGGAGUCGUCAAGAGACAGCUUCCUUCAGCAAACGAAGGCCGCAAGGGAGGAAAGGGCCCAUGAGAAAGACAGAGAAGCUGCUGUCACCUUAAUUCAGGCUUAUGUUAGGGGAUGGUUAACCCGUAAAAGAAUAUUAGAAGAAUUUGAUACAAAUUUUCUCAAUGACGGCAGUACAGAAACAAAUAUAGAACUGAAACCUGCUUUGCACAUGUAUAAGAUUAUUUCUAAAUUUUUGUAUAUAUAUAAGAAAGAGAGGGAUCAAGAAAGAAUAGAAAAAUUAUAUAGAUAUCUAGUAUGGACUCUUGAUUCUGAGUCUCCAGAAAUUUCGUACGUAGGACUUGUAUUAAACAAAGAUCACUACAUAUCAUGGAUAUUGCAAAUGAAAACAUUGUUACUUUAUUGUCUGACUGGUUUAGAGAAUCUUAAACCAGAAAGAGUGUGCGACCAUAAAUCCAUCCAUUUGAGAUUACACACAUUAGUUAGUUUUACAUCACCUGGAACAUGGGCAAUUUUAAAAGUAGGAGGAAUGGAAAAGCUCAGGGGUGGCAUGACUCAACUAUGUGCAAAUGUAAUGGGUCACCUAAUCAACAAUGGGUUUUAUCCUAUUAUGCAGGCUUUUCUAAUGAAAGGCCUGGGUAGAGUGGAAAUUGCCUUGAAACCAAUAGCGCUUUCAGCAGCAGUUACUUUGGCAUUAAGACCACUAAUUUCUUCCCAAAUGUCAGACAAAUUGGUAUCUCUAUUUUUAAUUAACAUUUUUAGUGUGCCUGCUUUGGUCUAUCAUCUCAAUAAUAUGUCAUCUGUGUGUAUUUCAUCAUUCAUUACUUGCAACUUGUUUGCAAGAAGCCUAGAGCUAUUGAAUUCAGAACAAAAUUUGAGAAUAGUUUUUAAUGCUUUAGAAGGUAGCUAUGCACUGUGUUUACUAGCUAAUUUAAUACAAUUAGCUAAUAUUGAAAGAGAAGAAGUAUUGAGAGAACUCUAUUUUCCUUCUUUUACGUUUGUUGUAACAAAAAUGUUGGAAGCAUGUCAACAGUAUGUAGUUGCAAAACAAAGUAAUUUAACUCAUUGGCACCCUAUCUUGGGGUGGCUUGCAUUAAAGGUUGAUUCAACAUUGCAAGAACCUAUUCCAUAUGUAAAAAUACAGUUAGCAUGUUUGUGGACAGGAAGGAUAGUUACACAAUUAAUUGGUCAACCAUUAACAGAACUUAUAGAGAAAGAGAUAGCUCCAUCACUAGAGCAACAGGGCACAUCCGUUGGUACUAACAUUUUUCGAAGGGCGUUUUUGGAAGCACGUACAAAUAGAAAUAAUAAUACUAAGAAUUAUAGGAAAUUGGGAAGUCCAGAAACUACUAGAAUAGCUUUAAUUUGUUCUCUUUAUCAAAUCGCUUUACAUACGCUCACACAGAUGAAAAUGGAGAUAUUAACUGGUUUAUGCUAUCAAGAUAAAAUUUUGUACCACAUGUAUUUGUUUCUGGGAACAUUGGGUCCACAUUGUGGCUUGAAAGCAUUUUUAGACCAUUUAGCUGCAAAUACAAAAUGUACAGCACCCGAAUUUCAGAUGUUGAUAUUAUUUUCUGAUUGUAUGACACAUUAUGUUACGAUCUUAGAUGAUAUGGAAAUGUAUGAACAACAAGAACCCUUCAAGAUUACCGAUUUUGUAACGAUAUCAUAUUUUUUAAAUCAAUUUUUGUACAAGGCUGUUCUGAAUAACUUGUUUGUUUUAGAUGUUCCAGACGUGAAGUCGGUUCCUAAUAAUCCCUUGUUCACCUCUCUCCACACACUUUUAAUGGCAAUCUAUCGACGGGACUGUAGACGGACGUUUUGCCCGGACGGACACUGGUUGGCAAAGGAAGUUCGAGUGUCAACUUUUCUCGCAGACUUGGAAAAAGGUAGACGCGGCGCCGCUCUUCUUCUUUCCAAGAUGCCUCAUGUUAUACCCCACUCGGAACGCGUGGUAUUGUUUCGUAAGCACGUGGUUAAUGAGAAAGCGGUAUUGGGUUUAACUGAGAGUGCUUGCAAUAGUACGCCGACAACGCUUAUCGUUGUUCAUAGGACACGCAUAGUAGAGGAUGGGUACCGACAACUCGCAAUGUUGCCAUCCCAGGCACUUAAAGGUGUGAUCAGAGUUCGUUUUGUAAACGAGCAGGGUUUAGCUGAAGCUGGCAUCGAUCAAGAUGGAGUGUUCAAAGAAUUCUUAGAGGAGACAAUAAAGAAAGUUUUCGAUCCAUCUUUAAAUUUAUUUAAAACUACUACUGAGAACCGACUUUAUCCGUCUCCUACAUCCUCCAUGCAAGAUAAUCACUUGCAGCUGUUUGAGUUUGUUGGUCGUAUGUUGGGUAAAGCGGUGUAUGAAGGCAUCGUUGUAGACGUUCCGUUUGCAUCCUUUUUUGUUUCUCAAUUUUCUGGGCAAACUGGAGGAGCAUUGUACAGCUGGUUGGACGAAUUAGCUUCUUUAGAUCGAGACUUGUACCGAAGUCUUACUCUUGUAAAGCAUUACAAGGGCGACGUUAGGCAGUUAGAAUUAACUUUCUCUCUGGAUGAAGAUGUUUUAGGUAAAUUAGUUACGCACGAGUUGGUUCCUGGAGGACGAGCGGUGCCGGUCACCAACGAGAAUAAAAUUAAUUACAUACACCUAAUGGCCCACUUCAGAAUGCACAUGCAAAUAAAAGAUCAGACGGCUGCUUUUAUCAAAGGAUUUCGGUCUAUCAUCAAUCUCGAGUGGUUGGCGUUAUUUUCAACUCCAGAAUUGCAAAGAUUAAUUUCGGGUGAUAACGUCCCGUUAGAUUUACGGGAUUUACGAAAGCAUACACAAUACUAUGGUGGCUUUCAUGACAGUCAUCGCGUUGUAUGUUGGUUAUGGGAUAUUCUGGAGAAAGAUUUUUCAGAAGAGGAAAGGGGCUUAUUCCUAAAGUUUGUCACAAGUUGCUCAAAAUCGCCACUGUUGGGUUUUGCAUUCUUGGACCCUCCGUUUUCGAUUCGUUGCGUAGAAGUUGGCGAUGAUGAGGAUACGGGUGAUACAAUCGGUAGUGUGAUAAGGGGAUUCUUUACAAUUCGUAAGAAAGAUCCGCAAAAUCGUUUGCCCACGUCGUCCACGUGUUUCAAUCUUCUUAAAUUACCAAAUUACCAAAAGAAAAGUACAUUGAGGGAGAAGCUGCGUUACGCUGUCACUAGUAACACUGGCUUUGAGCUUUCUUAAUUUAUAGCCAAUUUAACGGUAAACCAUAGUGGUAUCGUCGCUCAAUAAUACCUAACGAAAAUUUAUACAAAGUGAUCCAGUGGUGUCCAGUGAAAUGUCUUUAACGAUAUCACGAACUUCCUAUCGUACGGGAUAGUGAUUCGUAUAUUCUAUCUGUAUCAAAUUUAAAAAGAAACUAUCGUGAAUUAAGUCGGGAAUUUGCACAAAUUUUAUCAGACAUUAUACGUACGAAGUGACUAAGUUAUCGUUUUUGAUACCUUAAGAGAUUGUUAAUAUUCUCACGCAUCACGAAUUCUCGGGUCAAUUUUACUUUACGGUUAAUCUAAAAGGUGAACUAAUUUACAACUACAUGUCAACGUAAACCUAUACGUCUCAUUUUGUUUCCAAUUUUUAUCGACUUCAAUUUUGGUUCUAAUACAAUCUCUCGCCAAAUGGAUAGAUUACUUAUGGUGUAAAGCACACUAUACCUCAUGAGCUUAAUAUUACUAAUACUUGCGCGCUUGUUAGUUCAUAGUACUACGGAUUAAUGUUAGACAAUUAAAAUCAGCGCUAAACACACCAAGUGAACGUUGUAUGUCUGUGCCCAUCAGUGCCCAGUGAACAAUCAAAAAGAAGGAUUCACGAAUUUCUAAAAGUUGUCGAAUUACUGGAAAGUCGAGGCUCUAUUUUAAGAGGAGCUAUUUUCUCAAAAUUUUGUACAAAUUUUUGAAAGAAUGUAUAAAGGGAGAGAAAGAGUACUUCGAUCUGUAUGGGAAUAUAUGCGUAUAUAUAGUGUGUCCAUGGGUGCUUAUGGGUUUAAACUCCCCUGUCGUGCAAACUUUAAUGUCAGUUUAUUCAGAUUGACCGAGGUGCGAUGAUGGUUUCCUACUUGAGUGUCUCGAAUUGAAUGUCUCGUAACUUUAUCGUGUCUGUUGUCUUUAUACGAACUCAGUGAAUACGAUAGAGAAAAGGGAGCAAAAGGACUGUGUUAUCUGCAAUAUGACGAGGAAUAACUGAUACUAGAGCGGAAUUUAUUUUUCACGCGAUCCAUGCGUAAUUUCGGCGGAUGACUGGAGAAUAUCAUCGAAGGGAAUUCGGUCAGACCAAAGAUAGAAGCCUAUUUACUGUGAGAAGAGAUAAUUCGAGAUGUGAACCUUUUCAUAUUUUCCUACGCAAUCGUAUUGUAAGUUUUCAGGCCUGUAUUCACAGAUUGUACCUAUACUGAAUAAGAGUAAUGAAAUGGGCGUUUCUAGACGGAUAGAAUAAAUUUUAAGAAAGAAUUAGGUUUAGUCGCGUACCAACUAGUUCGUUAACGUGCACAAUGUGAUUGUUAGAAAGAAAAAUUAUUUUCGUUAUGUAUAGAAGGAAAAAGAUACGGACACAAUAAUUUUGGCCCUUGUUACUUUCGAUCAGAAUUUUAUCAAAUUAGCUACUUUCGUAACGUUAAUUGUGAAUACAUGCCUCGCAAAUAUGUGUACAAUUGAACGGGACGAAAGAACAGAUAAUACUCUCCUUUAUGGGUAUACUUACGACCGAAACGAUACAUGUAUAUGAUAAAUGCGAAUGGAUAUCGAUACAAUAUGAAUAUAUGCAAUAAAAUGUCUAAUAAAGCUGUUACGAUUGUAAGAUAAGACCUUUAAAGACCUGAUUAUAUCAUGGCAUUUCAUCAUUAUGAUUUUCAAAACAUAAUUUCAUACGAAAUUGAUUAUAACAAUGGUAAUGCAAAGAUUUGUGAAAUGACUACAUAGAAAUGUAAUUGAUCUUUUAUUACAAUCGUAACAAGAACAACCACGCUUUGUACAUGGCUUGCUUGAAUUAUUCGUACUUGCGUAGCAUUUUUUAUGAGUGUGUAUGUUGUCGUGACGCAACAGAGAUAAGAGCAAUGAGUUUUUUAAUUUAAUACAUUCGACGACGAUUUGCAAUAAUCAUGUAAAUAUACACGUUCAACUGUACAAA